AUGACGACACUGUCUGCGCCGUUCACCGUAAUCGGUGGCUUGCUGGCUAGCGUUCCCAUCUACGGCCGUAUCCUAAUCGGCAUCGCCCUCUUCUUACUGUGGGUCUAUGUCUACAACUGGCCAUACACAGAGUACACCCUCUCCUACCGCAAUGUCCCUGGGCCACCUCGGUCAAGCUUCUUGUGGGGCAGCCUGUUGGACGUGCUGCAGUCCAAGCCUGGUGAACGCCAUACCCAGUGGACCGCCGAAUAUGGACCGACCCAUCGUUUCCACUCCGUCUUCGGCACGAUACGCCUGUACACUGCCGAUCCCGGUGGACUCUCGUUUAUCCUGCAGCAUUCGGAUGACUUUAUCAAACCGGAGCGCUCCAACAGGACGCUCAAGGAGAUGAUUGGCGAUGGCAUUCUGACUGCGGAAGGCGCCGACCACCGCCGCCAGCGCAAGAUCAUGAACCCGGCGUUUGGCCCAGCGGCCCUCCGUGACAUGCUGCCGAUCAUGUGGGAGAAGACCUACGAGCUCAAGGCCAAGCUUUUCAGCUUGAUAGAAGACCCUUCCAACGAGGAAGCGUCUCCCACACCGCCAGUGGCAAUGGACAUUGUGCCCGGAGCCCGCAAGGUGGACAUGCUAAAAUACAUUGCCAUGACGGCACUGGACAUUAUCGGUUCUGCAGGCUUUGGCUACGAGUUCAACUCUAUCGGCCAGGGCCACAAUCCCCUAGCCACAGCGUUUAGCAGGAUGUUCUCCCUUGGACAACAGAUCAAGCCGUUACGCGUUCUCCAGAUCAUGUUCCCUGUGCUCAAGGUCAUUCCUACCGAGUCGGCCAGGAUCAUCAAGGAAUGUUACGAUCUGUGCUGCGGCAUUGGCCGCGAUAUCGUACAUCGUAAACGCCGCCAGAUCCAGGCCGAGUACAGUGGCGAUAUCGAGAAGAAGACCGACAUGGGCAAGGACCUGUUGUCGAUUCUCAUGAAGGCCAACAUGGCGCCUGACCUUCGUCCUGACCAAAAGAUGAGCGAUGACGAGGUGCUCGCUCAAAUCACCACGUUUAUGCUGGCCGGCAACGAGACCACGUCGACGGCACUCACUUGGGCCGUGUAUCGCCUAUCGCAGCACCCAGACAUCCAAAAGCGCCUCCGUGCAGAAUGCAGCGCCGUCGACAGCGACCAGCCAGGCAUCGAUGAGCUCAACGCCCUGCCAUAUCUCGACAAGGUCACGCACGAGGUCCUCCGGUAUGACGGUCCUGUCCCGUCGACGGAACGCAUGGCAGCGCGGGACAUGGUCAUCCCGCUCACCAUCCCCAUUAUCGGGCGGGACGGCACGAUCAUGACCAGCAUCAACGCCAAGAAGGGGUGCGACAUUGCCAUUCCCAUCAUGUCCGUGAACCGCUCCGAGAGCGUCUGGGGUCCCGACGCGGACCAGUUCAACCCGGACCGUUUCGACGUCGGUGGCUUCCCCAAGGAGCCCGUCCCCGGCGUCUACGGCAGCCUCAUGACCUUUCUCGGUGGUCCGCGCAACUGCAUUGGCUACCGCUUUGCCCUCGCCGAGUUCAAGGCCAUUCUCUUCAUGCUGGCGCGCUCGUUCGAGAUCGAAACGCUGCCUAGCAAGCCUGUCAUUGAGCACAAGGCCAACAUUGUGAUUCGCCCCCGUGUUGUUGGGGAAGAGGAGGCUGGGCUGCAGAUGCCGCUCCUGCUGCGUCUCGUCGAGUAG